AAACAUACAUUAUAUUUUUUCUGUAUUUAUUGUACAUUAAUUAUUUGUAAAAUAUUUAAUGCCUCGUAACAAAAAGAAUAAUGAGAAACCAAUGGCUUCUUUUCCCAAUAAUUUCAAUAAAAGGGGUCGUAAAAGGCUCAAGGUUGAUUUAGAGUCACAUGAUGACACAGCCUCAAUUAACACCGAACCUUCUUCACUUUUCACUGAAGAUUCUGCUAAAAACGAAGAUAAAAAAUUACAAGAUUUUACACCUGUUAAAUCAGAGUCAGAUUCAACAAGUUUUGAGUCAAAAUGUGAUUUGAAAAGUGAAGUAUCAAGUAAAGAUAAUCUUAAAACUGAGUUAUCAACUCAACAAACGGUUAAAUCUGAAUUAUCGCACGAAGAAACGGUUAAAUCUGAACUAUCAACCAAAGAAAAUGUCAAAUCUGAAUUAUUAACUAAAGAAAAUUUGAAAUCUGAACUAUCAACCAAAGAAAAGUUGAAGCGUGAUAUAAUGUCAGUGUUUAAACUAUCUUGUGGUCCUGCAAAUUAUAAAAUUGAUGUUGAUUAUUUUGAAGAGAAGUUUGUGCUUAGAACUGCCGAUACAGUUCUGCUGCUCUGCCAAAAGCUUAAUUUAUCUCUUCCGACGCUUUUAACAGCUUUGGUUUAUUUACAACUUUAUAGGAACUCUAGUAAGUCCUGGAUAACCUCUACCAAAUUUAAUCAUGAAAAAAAUGGUUUGAACCGGAGAGUAGUUUCAAAAUCUGAUGAGCAGUUUCUAACUGCUUCCGCCUGUGUGCUUCUGGCUUGGAAGUACAAAGAGGAUGAAAUCGGACUCUUAAAAUCCACCAGGAAGCUGUACGACAUCAGCACCACUGUAUACAAAAUCAUCGUUAGCCAAAACUCUAAAUUCACCUCAACCCCUUCCGUUUCUUCCUGGAUGUUACAGGAUGAUGGAGAAGAGAUAAAGAAUUUAAAAUCGCAAAUUCUUGAUCGUGAGAAUCAACUACUACACUCACUUGACUACUUUAUCGGACCAAUUCCACUACCAGAUUCAUUAGUAGGACCUUAUGUCAGGCUUUUCCUAGUCUCGGUUUCAAAUGAGUUCACUGAACUUCAAUCGUACGCUAAAAAGCUCCAGGAGGUUGUAAGGCUACUUGUAAUUGACAUUUACAAGACUCAAAUGUGCAUAAACUACACGCCCAACGAACUCGUUGCAAUUUCAAUAAUCAAAGCCUCCUGCUUAUUAUCUUUUGUUGAUGAGAAUUUUGAUAUCUUCAAGUUUAACUUUGAAGGUGAUAAUUUCCACCAGAAAUCUCGAGAAAUUGAGAAUAAACUUGAGAAGUUCCUCUCAUCAGUUGGAGAUGACGGACUCGACCCAAAUCGAAUCAUCUCUGGACUAAUUCACGCACAAAAAUACACUAGGAUUUUUAAACACUACUCUAAAUAAUUUUAACGCUUACGCUCUAACAAUUUGUAUUGAGUUCAAUAGAAUUUAAUCCACUUAAAAUUUCUUUAAAAAUAAUAUAAUAAACUUUAUA